AUGUCAGCCUCGUCACCACGCUCCGAAAAGGGGACGAUCACUCCACCAAACUACGUUGAUCUUAGCACUGCUGAAAGGGACUCCGGCAGACAACAAAGCGUGAUUGGAGUUUGUAUUGAUUUUCUUCCAGCUACGAAGACUAGAGGCACGGACUACACUAUUAAGUUCACAUUACAUGAUCCCACAUGGAACGGCGCUGGAGGCAUGGAGUUUCGAUUCUUCCACAAAAAGGAGGCAUGCCUACCUCGAAUUGAAAAUCAAGGAGAUGUAGUUAUUCUGCGCAAUGUUAAGACAAUGGACUGGAACGGCCGCGUUGGCUUGUCAGGCUAUAACACCGAGUGGAUUGUCUUGCCUAAAGAUGCGAUGAGCGGUACACUUGACGACCUGAAAGCGGCAGCCAGGUGCUUGCAGCAAAGCAGCGCAAAUGACCCGAAGUCUAGCCUCAGUACAAAAGAGCUGCAGUACGCAAGCUACAUCUCGGGAGAAGAAGAUCCAACCCGAUGGCGCACUUCAUGCAGCGUUGUGACAGGCAAUAACAUGGGAAAUAGCGGAGCUGAGGCCACUCCUCGCAAACGAAAGUUUACUGAGAUCAAAGACAUACAGGUGCCCUUUGGGAAGCAAGGUAUUUUCGUCGAACUCUUGGGAGAAGUAAUCAGGAUAUUCUCGAAGGGGGAUAGGACCGAGCUCUACAUAACAGACUACACCUCACACCCUCAGCUUUACAACUAUACAUAUGGUUGUGAUGAAGAUGGACAAGACGGUGACGAGUUCGGCUACAUCGAGCAUAAAGUCAAGUCUUGGCCAGGACCAUGGGGUACCAUGACGAUGAACGUCACUCUAUGGGACGCUAAUCACUAUUAUGCUGUUGACAAUGUCAGAGUAGGAGGCUUGGUAUACUUACGCAAUGUCCACAUUAGUUUAGACAGUGAUGGAAAGAAAUUGGAAGGUAAAUGCCAUGGUGAAAAAGAUCACCCUACCAGAGUCAAUGUCAAGCGCUGGAAAGCAAACAGCGAGGAUCAACUGAUGAAGGACCUCCUUAGCCGAAAACAAACAUACGAAGCAAAGCACCCCAAAAAAAGACUAGGAGCAGACGAUGAAGAGCACCCUCCACAGGAAGAUAGCGCCCCCAAAAGCAAGAAAGCCAGAGCCAGAGACCGCAAGAAGAAAAAGCACCGCGAGUCUAAGCCGGACCCUGACCAAGAAACCAUCAAGACCAGCCUCGAAGGAAGGAUGCCGCUGCGUACAUUGAACGAAAACGUCCGAUGUCAAAACCACGAAGACGUGCGCUACAAAACGAUUGCAGACAUCCUCGAUCCCACAACCUUGCAAAGAACGACACCUACCGGAAACGGCUUUUGCGUCCCGUUCCAGAAUUGCAAGUACAAGUCAAAGGUCCGGGUGGUUGAUUUCUUCCCCGACAAUGUGGAGGAUUUUGCCGUGCCGCGAGAAGAGCCUGAGUCAGAGAAUAAUGAUCCAUCAGAGCUCGAUGGCAGUGACAGCGAUGCAGAAUCGAAGAAAAAAUGGGUAUGGCGCUUCUUCCUGCUCGUUGAGGAUGCGCAACAUGCACCAAAGGCCAGCAACCGCGGUGACAUAGCACCUGUGCAAAUGCAACUACUAGUCGCGGAUACCGACGGCGAGUUCCUCCUCGAUCAAAUAGCCUAUGACAUGCGAGAUCCCCAGAACAAGACAGAAUUGGUACGCACCAAAGAGCGACUCUUUCACCUAUGGGGAGAUCUCCAGGAAUGGAAAGAGGAAACCAGGACGACGGCUGCCUCGGCAGAUGUGGAAAUGCGAGAUGAGACAACGAGGACGCCACCGCCGCCUCCCAAGGCGAGGCCGUUUGAGUGCCUGAUCAAAGAAUACGGCGCGACGGUCCCUUCACAUCUCAGAGCAUCGAGCGGAAAUGAGCGUACUGAAUACGAGAGGAUGUUCAGGAUGUUUGGAGUGAGGACUGGAUGA